AUGUUGUUGUUUCUCGUAUCUUUUCUUGUAAUGUCAACGACAGUUUUUGGAUAUGACGAGAAGUUUAAUAAAAUUGAUGUGGAUAAGAUUCUUGCGGAUGACAACUUGCUCAUGGCUUACCUCAACUGUUUCUUGGACAAAGGGCCUUGUGAUAAGGAGUACGCCCAAGAUUUCAGAGAUAUCCUACCAGAAGUGAUUGCUACGACGUGUGGAAAAUGCUCUGACAUACAGAAGGAUAAAGUCCGAAAACUAAUCAACUCGUUAAUCAAUACGAAACCAGACCUAGCCAUGGAGCUGAAGACGAAAUUCGACCCUGAAGGCAAGCAAGAGGAGAAACUGGCGCUCUUUUUGACGUCUGCCAAGUAA